UUGACAGCGACCGUUCCAUAUACCCCGUGAUCUCCAAAACAACAUAACAAAAGUGGGGGAAAAACAUGGCGAGCGGAGAGGAGGCCACAAAACGCCCCUUGUUAACCUCCUCUUCGGUCGGCCUGGAGGACCUGUUCCCUGCCGGGACCUCGGAGCAGGCGUGCGGGGACGGGAACCCGGAGCUCGACCGCUUGCGGGAAUGUCUCCAAGCUUGGCUAUCGCCGUACGAGCCCCUGCUGCUGUGGGUGCAGAGGCUGCUGGUCUGGGAGAGGCCGCUGUAUAGCCUCUCAGCCGCCCUGACUCUUAACACUUUAUUCUGGCUCCUAUCCUCCACUUCCCUGCGGCCCCUGUUCCUACUGAGUGUGUCCCUGCUGGGCCUGAUGCUGCUGGAGAGAUGGAAGCCCAAGUUACCCGUCAUUACAGUCCAACAUGCUGAGGCUGAACCUGCACAAAGCCCAACUUUGAGUUCGGAGCAUCAUCUGCUCAGCGUCCCGGAGCUCAGCCACCACCUCGCCGAGAGCUACCUGACCUGCUGCUUGUAUCUGCAGGAGACGCUGCAGUACAAACGCAGAAACCAUGGAAGGUUCUGUGUGAUGAUGUGCAGCGGCUGCUUUGUACUCUCUCUGGUUGGACAUUAUGUGCCAGGAAUCAUGAUUUCAUAUAUCAUAGCCCUAAGCGUGCUGCUGUGGCCCCUGGUGGUGUAUCAUGAGCUGAUCCAGAGGAUGUACACCGGCUUGGAGCCGAUCCUGAUGAAACUGGACUACAGCAUGAAGGGCGACACCGAGCACCGGAAGCACGACAAGAGGAAGGUAAAAAAGGAGCUGGAGGAGGGGGGUGAGCCCAGAGCAGAAACAGAAAGUGAGAGCGAGGAAGAGGAGGAAGAAUUGUCCUGUUUUGCUCCAACGGUGGAUGUGAAAACGACAGCUCUGGCAAUGGCCAUCACAGACUCUGAACUGUCAGAUGAAGAAGCGUCAAUAUUGGAGAGCGGAGGCUUCCCGGUCUCUAGAGCCACCACGCCUCAACUAACUGAUUUCUCUGAAGACCUGGACCAGCAGAGUUUCCACAGUGACCCGGAGGAGGCCUACCUGCGGGAUCUUCCUGAGUUCCCCUCCGUUGAGGAGUUCCCUUCCAUAGAGCACAGUCUGCUUCACUUCCCCCCGCGAGCUCAGGGCGAUGGCGGCCAGUCGGAGAAGGAACCGCUGAGCCCCGCCACGCUCCUCAUCCAGCAUCUAGCGUCGCCUCUGCACUUUGUGAACACGCAUUUCAACGGACACGGACGGCCACCGGGGGGCGAGGAGGGUGCCCUGCCGGCAGCGGGGGUAAGGGAAGAGGCGGAGGCGAAGGCGGCGGUGAGUCAGGGCACGCAGCGCUCCUUGGAGGCUCUGAGCGAGGAGAUAGUGAGCACGGCCAUCUCCACCGUUGUGCAGAACACACUGUCGGCACUGCUGCGCUCCGGCGAGGAUCCCUCCCUGGCCGACUUCCUCCCGACUGAAACCCUACCGGGCGCUCUGGAGUCACCCAGCCAGUCCGCCGAAACUACAGUGGGAGUCCCGGAUCCGGACAGAGACCCGGAGGACGGGGCUACGACAACGGAAAGCGCAGCUGGCGAAGAGUACCCGGAUGACACUCUAGUAGCAACUGAGGAAGAGGACUUUGAGCUUUUGGACCAAAGUGAACUGGAGCAGGAGGACGAGAGUCUGGACACAGAGGUGGUGGGGGCAGGGGCAGAUCCAGACGCACCUCAGCAACCACAGUCAUAGCCCCACUGGUCCCCCUUCCAUCUGCUUUUGUUUUUAUUUGUACAUCAUAUCCAUAAAAAACCCAAAUAUAUAUGUCUCUCUCUC